AUGAGUACAACUGGGAAGCGGCUGUAUUGGCGUACAAUUACUACAGACUGGGAGAGGGAUGCAUGUGGAAGGCAAGGACCGUGGCAGGCAGCUGCUUGGAUACUACAGUACCUCCUUUACAUUAUUGGUUGGGAAGAGGUGCCCACCUACACAGAGGUCAUGCCUCUUUCCAGUCGUUUCUUCCCCCGCCAAGGGAACCAGCAUCCAGAUCCAUACAAGCGCGAUCUUGACCGCAUGGUCGCCGAGGACAUCAAGUAUGUCUGCUAUGCUGCGCAUCGGGAGAUGGUUAAGUUUGACGAGAUAGCUCUGUACUCCGUAUGGUUGGCCACCAACUCGACCAUUGUUGUAUGCUAUCUUCCGGAGCGCGUCAUGCGGCAGUUUGGAUUUGAGCAGACGAUACCUCGCGAUCCUACUGCCUCAGCUCCUAUCUCCAUGACCCGCAUGCAGUUGGAGGAGGUAUUCGCAGAUUGGGAGCAACAUGUGGUCCAUGAGGAGGCACGGGCGAUGCCACCAGAUCAUGAUUGGAGCUGUGUCGAGGGAUACAUCUCCUGGUACUACAAAGUCUCACACCCUACAUGCUUACAGCCAGAGUCGUCUCAAGCUUUUGGAGGCCCUGUGUAG